AUGUACUACAUCAAGCACCAGAUCAUUCCUCCGUUGGAACGUAUAUUCAACCUUGUUGGAGCAGACGUCAGCGCAUGGUUCGAUGAGAUGCCCAAACCUCAGAGGAUAGAAGGCUCUGUAACUGACAAGAAACCGUCAAACCCAAACAUUGUCGAGACCUCGUACAGAUCACUCGGAAAGAAGACCAACCAGAACCAAAAGAUCGACACCCACUUUGGAAGCAAUACAUGCCUCGUAUGUGAAGCCACAACUAUGGAAGGAGAACCUAUCCGAUGCGAAUCUUUGGAAUGCGAGUGGCUAUAUGAAAGGGUGAAAUCUCAAAAGGAAGUAGAGAAGUGGGGUUUGGUCCCACAGCUCCUGAAUGAGGUCGAACAAAGACUCAUAGUUGAAGAAGCCGAGGAGGAGAUCCUACUGGAUGUCGUACUCAAAGAGCACUCGGCAUUGACCCACGUCUUGCCUAUGACGCGAUGCAUAAGUUAUUUGGCCACGUCGUUGAUGAAUUGCAUCUCGGCCAUCAGGGCGCAUAUUCUCUUCGUCUCUGAAGAAUUUGAGCAAAUAUGUCCUCAAUUCGUGAUCAGAAGAUCCACGACUAGAGUCCGAUACUUUUGGCGUCUCCCCAUCGACAAAAGUCAUUGUCCGAAUGAGAACUGCAGUGGUCGCCACACGACAAACGCCAGAUAUUACGGUGGAUACGGAGGAGGUGGAAGGACCCGGAUAGGGCAUGCAGGGUCGACCGAGAAGAAAUCUAUCCCGAAAACCCGUGCAAAUUCACUUUCGAAUAUUGAGUCCAACGGACAGUUUAAUGCUCGAGAUAUCUGCGCGGGGAUACCUCCUGUGAACCAAUCUUUCAGAGUGGCAUUUGUAUACAUGG